UGUAUUUCUCUUAAAAUUAGUAUUUUAUGUGUGCUGUUCGCGCGCGCAUACAUAAUUAGCAUACAAAAUUAAAAAUUAUAGACAUUCAACAGUGCAAAUAGACUAUAUAACCAAUAGACCCGUGUUGAAUUCCAUCACCUUCGCAACCAUGAUUUCAGUACAGGAAGUAAACCCCUACACAUACGAGCUGGUGCAGGAAAUAGCUGCCAACUUGCUGGACAAAUGUAAGGCAGUAGGUGCGCCAUCGGUCCUUAUUAUCUGUGGGUCUGGACUGCAGCACCUCUCCAAGUCCCUGACAGACCAGGUAUCUGUCGACUACAAAGAUGUGCCUCACUUCCCUGUAAGCACAGUUGAGGGGCAUGCUGGCGAAGUGGUUUUUGGUAAAAUCGGUUCAACCAACGUGAUGUGCAUGCGAGGCCGAUUCCAUUCGUACGAGGGUUACAGCCAGUUUGCGGUGACUCUACCAGUGCGAGUGGCCAAACUCAUGGGGUGCGAGACGCUCGUGGUAACCAAUGCAGCAGGUGGUCUUAAUCCAAAGUUUCAAGUGGGUGAUAUUAUGCUCAUCGAGGAUCACAUAAAUUGGGUGGGUAAUGCGGGCAUGAACCCUCUGAGAGGUCCAAACGACCCAAGAUGGGGUCCUCGCUUCCCUGCCACUGGCCAGUGCUACACCCCUGAGCACAUCACUGCCAUGGAGGAGAUUGCGCAAGAGCUUGGCAUCGGACAGGUUAUCCGCAAGGGGACGUACCUGUACACCAGCGGUCCCUGUUACGAGACCCCAGCUGAGGCCCGAUUGUUCGCAACCUUUGCCGAUGCCGUUGGUAUGUCAACCGCCCCAGAGGCUGUAGUUGCGCAUCACUGUGGUAUGAAGACUGUUGGUUUGACCCUGGUCACCAACUGUGUGAUUACUCGCCGCGAUAGUGCUGAAAUCCCCACACACGAAGAGGUGCUGGGAGCCGCUGACAAGACUGCCCAGGACAUGCAGGAUUUGGUGUCGAAGUUCGUAGCAAGGCAAUAAAGAAAUGAUGACUG